AUGUCGGUCUUUGGAAAAUGGCUAAGCCGUGGCAAGGCGACUGUCUCUCACGAGAGGCUAGACUUGCAAGCAGAAGCUCAGAACAUGGACUUGGCUCUCCGUGCAGCAGAGAAGAUCAUGAACGACGAUAUCGUGGGUGCUGAGGAAGCUCUUAAAGGGGGCGAUUCAGCAUUUCACAAACUUUCCAAAGGCACAUUGGGCUUUAUGAAAUCCACGUUAGGUUUCGAGCAGGAGGUCAUGAAGGAAGCCACACAGCUGUUAGCAGAGGCUGAAAACAGUGCCUAUACUUACUAUUACAAAGCACAACACGAUACGAGUGCCUUCCAGUCCAACAUCUACGACAAGGGUGCCGAGUUUCUUCUGUGCCAAGCUGAGGCGCAGAUCAUGAGUGCCGUGGUGGGUGUAUUGAACGAGAGCCUGACAGAAUCACUCAAGGGAUUUUACAAGAUGAGAAAGGCAUACAUGAUUUUGGAGAGCUUGAUGGCCCAGGAGCAGAAGUACAUGCAAGCUAGAGCUGUACAGAGCUUGCAAGGCUCGCAUAUGGCAUCCAAAGAGAGUUUGACAUCUCUGCAUUCUGCACACUCAAAUACUAAUCCUAUCAUCGUGGAGCCUCCAGUACAAUCACAGCCUGCAAAGCCAUCUGGACUUAGAAACGCCAUGACCUCGAACAGGACAGAGUCUCCAGAUUCUGACGAGUUCGUCGAGGCGGAUGAGAAUCACUCUCAACAUCCAGUAACGCAGAAGUACGAAGGUCAUCUCGGAAAAUCUGGCCCUCGGCAGGACUUUGGAGAUGACCUGGACCAGAAACUUCAGCGUCUAGACGUGAACUCAAACCUGCUUGGCACUUCACCCACACCAUCGGAAAUGGGCUCCCGUCCUCCUCUAUCACGAACAACAACUGGUGGCAGUAAAUUUGGGCUGAUAGAGAUCGAAGCCGACGACCAAGUAUUCAAGAACUCAUUGGACGUCUUCAUACACUCUGGGACCAAUCUCAUGUUCGGCAUCAUAUCACUCAUGAUUUCUGUAAUACCGCCUACCUUUGCAAAGGUGCUUGCUGUGAUCGGCUUUCGUGGAAACCGCGAGAAAGGCAUGCGUAUGUUGUGGCAGGCAAGCAGAUUCUCCAAUGUCAACGGUGGCAUGGCGGCAUUGGUUCUUUUCGGCUGGUAUAACGGACUUAUUGGAUUCUGCGAUAUCUAUUCAGAUCCUGAUCCUAGCGUACCACUCAUGGACCAAGUUGAAGGUUAUCCUUCCGACAGGCUCAAAGGCCUGUUAGCGGAAAUGAGGAACAGAUACCCAGAUAGUCAUCUCUGGAUGAUCGAAGAGGCAAGGAUGGCUGCCGCUGGUCGAGAUAUCGACAGAGCACUAGAACUGCUAGGACGCGCUGGCAAAAGCGACAUGAAGCAGUUGCAAGCACUACAGGUUUUUGAGAAGAGCUUGAAUGCUCAGAAUUCGCACCACUACGAAUUGUGCGCAGAAUCCUUCCUGGAAUGCGUUGAGCUGAAUGCAUGGUCGCAAGCACUAUACUAUUUCGUGGCCGGAGCUGCACUUUUGCAAAGAUCGCGGGAUUUGGCUGCGGAAGGCAAUGCUGCCGAAGCACAGAAACUUGCGACAUUGGCGGAAGAGCACAUCAAGAAGGCGCCCUCCUUUGUGGGCAAGAAGAAAAUGAUGGGCCGACAGUUGCCUUUUGACCUAUUUGUGCAAAGAAAGGUCAACAAGUGGACAGCAAACUCUGCCGCUUGGGGCUGCUCCUUCCUCGAUGCAGUUGGUGUACCACCUAUUGAAGAAUCGAUCUUCCUCUGGAACGGAUACAAGAAGAUGAACGAGUCCCAACUACAAAAGAGUCUGCAGAACCUCGAGCGAGCAGAGCAGAGCCCACACUGGGACAAGCAGGGUAUCGAUGCGCAAACUGUGGCUACACUGCUCCGUGCCACUAUUUAUCGCAAUCUACGACAGCAUAAAAAAGCACAGGCAAUACUGGAAGAAAAUGUCUUCGUCCACGACAAGAGUGCCUUCUCAGCUCCUGGUAUGGACACGUGGGCAGCACCAGCCUCGUAUUACGAGCAUGCAGUAAACUCGUGGCAGCAACGCAACGAGUACAUUGUGAGGUUUGGCACCAGCCUCGCUGGACCAUCUGCGAACCAGCAGAGUGCAUCUAACGCAGAGAUUGUGGCCGAUCGUGUGCAUGUCGCCAGCGCUAGGAAGCACGUCGAGACAGCAAAGAACUGGGGCUCCUACGAGCUUGAUGCCAGGAUAGGAAUGAAGAUUACUGCCGCCCUGGGCGCGAUUGGAAAGUGGGAGGCACGGAACGGUGUAGCAUAG